AGAGGACCCACUGAUGAGUUGUAUCCAAGCUUAUCCAUAUCACUAUCUCAGUCAACUCUUUUUCCCCUCCUUCUCUAUCCAUAUAUUCACCCAUUUUUUGUUCUUUGGAUAAUAAUAUGUCAUUUUAUUAUAUUAUUCAACGAGUGCUUCCCUGGUUUACCAGAGGAAAUCGGAAACGAGUGCUUGACUUGGUUUCAUUAUUCAACUCACAGACUCGCAGUUCGGGUUUGUCGACGAUGGCAAGAGCUUCUCCAAAGCAAAGAGUUUUACUAUCACAGAAAGCGUAACGGAUAUACCCAAAAAGCAGCUUGCUUGAUUCAGUUACUUAAGUGCGACUCCGAUCCUGAUAGGUCCAAACCAGUUGGUCCCCCAAGAUAUGGGAUCACCGUGUUUGAACCCGUAAGUGGAACCUGGGGUCGACUUGACCCGGUCCCUAAGUACCCUAAUGGGCUUCCUUUGUUUUGUCAGAUAACGAGUUGUGAAGGAAAGAUUUUAGUGAUGGGAGGGUGGGACCCAACGAACUACGAGGCAGUGCGGGACAUGUUCAUAUACGAGUUCACAACUCAGAGGUGGAGACAAGGGAAGCAGAUGUCGGAAACUCGAUCCUUCUUUGCAGCUGGUGAGUUGGAUGGACGCAUUAUCGUAGCGGGUGGUCACGAUGAGCACAAGAACGCUUUAAGAACAGCGUGGGAAUAUGAUGCAAGGAUGUUUGAGUGGAAAGAGUUAAAACCGAUGAGCGAGGAGCGAGACGAGUGUCAAGGGGUGGGGAUUGGGUCGGAAUUCUGGGUGGUGAGUGGAUAUUGUACGGACAAUCAAGGACAAUUCGAGGGGAGCGCCGAGGUAAUGGAGUUAGAGACAGGUCAAUGGGCCAGAGUAGAGGAGGCUUGGAAGGCUAGCCAGUGCCCAAGGUCUUGUGUCGGAGUUGGAAAAGAGAAGCAGCUCUUCAGCUGGGCAGACUGUGAUUCGGCAAUACGAGCUGGUGUUUGCUCGGUCCCCUUGGGAGAGUGGACAUUUGUGUCUGGAUCAGCUCAUCAGGGUGGUCCAACAGGGUUCUUUUUGGUUGAUCAACAAACUGGAAAGUUCAACACCAUAGACGGAAUUUCACAACAGGUUUCUGGCUUCAUACAAUCCGGUUGUUGUGUAGAUAUCUAAGCGAAGCUGCCGUGUUCAGUCCUUCGGUGAGCAAAAGCUCACAGUAACAUGUGGAUAUAGUAAAAUAUAGCAAGGAUUAGGCAGGAGUAUAGCAUUUGUUAUCAUCACCGCAUCAAGGAAAUCUAGCGGCAUCAUGAUAAGAGUGUAUUUCUUAUUUCUGUAUUAAAUUUCGUGACAUGAAUCUGUACAUUACCCUUGCCUUGUCUGUAUAUACUUUCUUCUUCCA